CCGAACACCAACAGCUCCCCUAAGUUCCAACCAAACACACCCAAACACACCCAAACCAUUCCCGCAAACCGGCCAGACGCAAAGAAAGGCGAAAAGGAGGAAUGUCAUCGGUCAAAUCGGUCAAAUCGGUGAAAUCACGAACAAGAAGCGAUUACGGCUACUUCCUCACGUACCGAACGCGAUGGAGCGAUAACGACAUCUACAACCAUUUGAACAACGUCGUUUACAACAUCCUCAUCGACUCAGUAGUAAAUUCAUAUCUAAUAACUCACUGUGGCAUGAUGCCUACAACUAGUCCCUCCAUUGGCCUGAUGGUGUCCUCGAGCUGCACGUUUGUGUCGCCGUGUGCCUUCCCGGCAGUGCUGGAGUUGGGACUGCGGGUGAACAAGCUGGGCACUUCAAGCGUCACAUACGAGGUUGGUAUCUUCGAGGAAGGAGUUGAAGGGGUCAAGGCCGUGGGCGGGUUCACGCAUGUGUUUUGCGACAGCGUUCAUCGGAGGCCUAUGAAAUUGCUUAGACCUUAUAGGGAGGGCUUGGAGAGCUUGCUGGUAAGGGCUGGCGGGGAGGAGGAGGGAGACGAGGAGGAGACAGUGAGGUAUAGGAGUGCGAAGUUGUGAUUGGAUUGUAGGUUGGAUUUGCGAGGGUUCUAGAAGUUGGGAGUCACUGGUGUGAGAGGUGUGCUGUUGUAUUGGAAAGGAGGGGUGAUUGUGUUGGGCGUUUUGUAUGUGUACGCUGAGUACUAUUCCCAAGUUCAUAUUUACAGUCUAUCAAGCACGA